GAUGAUGCAUCCUCCCCAAUCACAUCAGAGCGCUUAACAUCUUUGUAUUUGCGGUCUCCCUUGGUUUCAUUUAAUUUAAUUUUAUUUUUCUUUCAGUUUACACAGGAGUCAUUUUCAUGACGGCGAUGUGAAGCUUUUUUCCCUUUUUUCUUUUGUCUUUUUUCUUAGGCCUCAAGUGAGGAUAUUACUGCUCCACUGCACAGGAAUGUCCUGUCAUGGUCUGCGUGGCAGGGGCAAGAGGAGGAGAAUGUGUGUCUCUCCAAGAAAUAACAGUCUGACUACUCUGUGACGGCAAAUAGAGGACUUUGCAUUGGAAUUUCAAACCCGUUCAUGACUGCAAGUGCCCUCAGAUGUGGUCCAGAGACUGGAAAGCGUUCCGGUCAUUUUCCACCUCCAAGGACCUCGUCUGCCUCCAUCGGCUCCCGGUCGACCUGUGACGGGAUCCACUUCCCCAAACCUGCGACAAACUUUUCCAGGGGAAGAGACUCAUUCACGUCCAUGAGCACGAUGAGAGUGUCAAACUCCAAACGGCAUGCGCAUGAACAGAAUUCCACCGGCGAUUCACCAAAUGAGCUCCGACAGGCCUCCACGCCACCUGAUGGAUUGCUAGUGAGAGAUCCAGGAAGGAGGGAACUCGUGGAACACCGUUGCAGCAACACAGAGGUCGGUUUAAAGCGAGAUGAAUUAGGUGGCCCACUAAUGAACCUGUCCUCGCAGCCUUUGUACCGCACUUGUAUUCAUUGCAAAGUGCCUCUGAGGUCCACUAGCUGUGUUGUGUUUAUAGACAAGUCACUUUCCAUUUCACUUGUGGACCCAGAGGGAGAAAGAGCAGGUGAGAACGCUUUGUACAGAUCCACCUUGUCCGUCCGCCUCGGUGUCGCGGACACCAAAGCCGCCAAAACAAAUGGGAGACACAGAACCACCAUGUCGUGCAGCGACAAACGCCAAGAGAGAGCUAUGGGUCGCUGCCGUGGCCGCAAGGUCGAGCAAACAGCCCGUACUAAUGGCAGCAACAAAACUUGCAAUUUAGACGCACGGCAGCACAGCUCUUCUUUGGAAUUAUUGUCAUUCAGAGGACCAGACCUGUCAAAUACAAAGGCUGGCAGGCAGAAGGGGAAUGCAGAUGAGGCUGCCUCCUCUUCCCGGAGCAAUUUCAGGCGCAGGCAGCACAUUUUCAAUAUUGGCCCAGUAGACUCCAGAACGUGGAGCAAGAAGACGGACAGCGCAGGAGAGCCUGAGUGUCCAACAGAAGCCCAGAAAGUCUCCGUCUCGGAUGAGACCUGUUGUUCCCCCUCACAGCUGAAGACGUCGUCUCCUCACAGCACAGACGAGACCCUCAGCCUCAGAGAGGCUUUGGAGCUCUUCAGGCCAGACUUCAUCACUCGGUCGCAGGGUCGGGUGAGGAGGCUGGAGCAGAGGGCCAGGAGAAGGAGAGCGCUGCAGGGCUCCAAUCCAGACCUGCUGCAGGGCCUGAGGGAGGAUCCCGGCAAGCCGAGGAGGAACUGCACCACACCUCAUCCACUUAGUGAUAACCUUUUCAAGCCCAGAGAGAGGUCCAUAUCAGGCCGAGAGAUGCAGCUGAGGUCCAGACGGAUUUACAACAAGCUGCCAGAGGUGACGAAGAAAAAGGAAGAGGAGAAAAAGAAGACUGAAUCACAGACCAACAGACUGAGAGCAGAGGUCUUUAAAAAGAAGCUGCUGGACCAGAUCCUGCAGAGAUAAACAGGAGCAGAGGCACACGGGGAUCAUUCACUGUUAUUGCAGCCCUCUGCCCUCUGUGUAAAGUGCAGUAUAUUAAGCCUCAUGCAACCUUUUUUCGGAAAAAAAACAUGACGUUCCUUACCUUAAGGGCAAAAAAUGUACAUUCGCUAAAAAGUGCUAAAAGCGCUAAAAUGUUAUACAUAAUGUUUUUCUAUUGAUGAACAUUAAAAUUAAAACAUUCAAGAAAAUUGUUCUUUUUGCAUUCUAACCCUUUUUCAAAUGCAAUAACACACUUUUUCAAAUCACAAAUUAUAUAAUAUUAAUAUGCAAUAAUAUUCAAUUACAAAUUCACAUUUUCAAACCAAGAAAUCUAGCUAGGCCAGACAUUUCCAAAAAAGUGCAUUCAAAAUAAUUAUUGUGCUCAUAACUGUUCUUCGCACACCUCAAAGUGCAUAAAAAAAGUGCACAGUAUUAAAUGUAACUUUAAAUGUUUGUUUUUUUUAAAUAUAUGUGUUGAAAUCCAAAAGGUGCACGAUAUUAGCAUUUGUUGAAAUAAGGUAAACAUGUCAUAUAAAAUACACAAUCACCUGAAUACAAAAACUAGAAAACUAGAAUCAGUGCUAUCAAUCCUGUCAGACUACUGUAUGUAGGUGAAAAGUGUUUCUCUAGUUUUUUUUCUCAGGGUUUCUGGUGGAGCCACAGGCUGGGCCACUAUGAAGUUGGCUACGGACUGCAUGUGGUCCACAGGCCGUCAUUUGAACAGCCUGGGAUAUGUCCGUGACUGCCAACAAUUCUUUUCUCCUAUUAUUUUUUGUGCCGUGUCAAAUAUACUCUCUCUCUGCACUGUAAGUGCCAAAGGUGUCCCAGUUAAACAACAGUUAUUUUUCCCUCCUUAAAAGAAUGAUUUAAAUUCAAAUUCAAAUGAUUUUAAAUUAUUAUUUUAAACAUCAGUAUUUAGGCCUCUGCUGACCAUUAUCACAUAACACUGCCACCUGUUGGAUUACCAGGAAACUAACGUCUAACACAUGCCGUAGUCAACAUUUUUAAAAAUCACAAAAAUACAAACCCUUGGCAAACUUCAUGUCAUAUGCAUUAAUGUAGAAAUAAAAAGAUAAAUCAUGGAAAGCUGUUAAAAGACUCUAUGGUUACAUGAAGGUUAAAAAUAGACCUUGAUCUAAUGCAGUUACUGCAAUGCUCCCAUGGUCAACAUUUGCCUAAUUGUGUGUGUUCAUGUCAGUAAGACUCACAUUAUGUUAAAUAACAAAUUAAAUCUUUUCAUACUAAUUUGCAAAAGAAAUGCAAUAAGACAUAUAAGUGACAUAUAAGACAUAAGUUACCCUUUGUAAAGAGUUGAAGGAUUGAUACUAAGUCCGUUAUUAACUAUAAAAACAUCUCAUGGAAAAACUAUUUUGUUUAGUUUUGUCAGGAAAAAUGACUAAUAAGAAUGUUGAUAUUUAUUUAUUAAUGUCCCAAACACAUAUUA